AGAAAAACAUGCAUAUGCAUUUAAACGUGCCAAACACUCAAACGGCUUCCAAAUUCGAGCGUCGUGAUUGGAUGAUUUGGGUUGACCCCAUUUUGAUUGGUAGAGACAGGAACCUUCCUUUUGGACUCGCUCAAAAUCUGCGCUAAAUGACUUCUUCCGCAGUAAAAAUGUCAACAGUAAAAAUCGUUAUCUUAUAUACGAAUCCUACGUUACAUGGACACCUGAAAUGUUUAAUGAGUCAGCAAAUAGAAAACCAAGUGACCACGUCCCUUUGUGUGACGCUACUAAAARCUAUUACGAGACAAUUUAUCAUACUCAUUUGGAAACAUAGCACAAAGUAGCAACAAACAAAUGCGCAACUAUAUUAAAGGAUUUCUUCAGGAAAGACAGGAAAGAAGAUCUGAAAAAGGUCAUUAAACGUCUGUUCUAACAGUGGAUUCAAGGUUAUUCUACUGGAUGAAUGAACUGAGAUGUACACUCAAAUGAAAAGGAAGCGUUUUUCUCACUGAAGGCCAGAUUCACUCGCUCUUAGCUUCAUAAAUUAAGCCGAAAUACAAAAUCUGAUAAAAGGUUGACCGGAGAUUUACAAGAGAUCAAAGUAAACAAUCGAACAAAAAAGCGGACAUCUUUUGUAAUGCGGUUUCCUGGGGUCGCAAGAUAGCACAAAGCAGCAAAUUAGAAGACGACGUAAAGUGGACGAGAAAAUCCACCGGUUUUAAUUUAACGAUUGAAAAUCGUACGGAUUGAAAUUCAAGUUCCAUCAAGGUUUUAAAGAUCCCAUUGAUAAAGUGAUUGGAUGCUUUUCCGGAGAUGUUUCGUCUUGAACAGUAAGUGAUUAGUUUGAAAAGAAAAUAUAUAUAUUGAUAUCUAAGAAGUCUUAUAGCUGUUGCUAGUUCCUAGAAGUGCUUUCGGAAGAACAAACACAGAACACGGCAUAAUUUAGGCGGGAAACGACCAUAAAAACUGCUUAAGUGGAAUGGACACUGACGCCAAAUGAGCAAGUAAAGUUUUUCAACUUUGGUAUUGGAGCAAUUUGGAAGAACUAAUUUUCUAAGGCUGCAUUUUGGAGAAAGAAAGGUGGGGGRAAAAUCGAAAAAGAACUUAACGCAUACAGAAUUUUGGGAAAAGAAAAGUCGAAAAUUUAUAUAUUUGAAACAGAAGAAACUACACUGACAAUGGAUUUGCAUAUGGGCAUGGAAAACAACAGCACAGAUUCGACAAAAGAUGUUAACGACGGUAUUAACUCAUUUAGUUCCAUUGACUUGAUUUUAAUCCCCGCUUAUGUCCUGGUGAUUAUCGUAGGACUCGGGGGUAACAGCCUCGUCAUUACUGUUGUUAAGAAGAAACGAUCCAUGCACACAACAACUAACUACCUCUUAGUAAACUUAGCCGUUGCCGAUUUAUUAACUUUAGUGUGGUUAAUUCCGGGCCUAGUGCUGACCCUUGUGGAACACCCUAGAGGAAUACUCGGGAAUUUUCUUUGCAAGUUCGUAACGAAGCAUCAUGUUGCAGGGAUAACGCAGCUUGUGUCUGGUUUUACGUUGACUGUGCUUGCCGUUGAGCGCUACAAAGCAUUGUUCCAUCCGCUGGAGGAGCGUCUGAGGUUGACAAGAAAAAAUGUCCGAUACCCGAUAGCGUUAAUGUGGCUGUUCGCUAUUACCUUUGUUGUCCCGCUGUUCGUGUUUGAAGAAUGGAACAAUACAGAACAAUUCUGUGAAAUAGUAUGGCAGCACACCUCAAGGAUGGUCUACUGGAUAAUAUUAGCAGCUAUMGCUAUCACGUCGUCAUUGAUCAUCCUACUUUGCUAUUUUAAUAUCAUAAAAGGUCUUUAUUUUACCAAGACUAUCUGUUCCCAAGGGUCUGCGGGGUCCUCCACGGGAUCUACAAACGGAAUGGUGAUAAAAGAUGGAGAUAAACUCGAAAAGCGUAAGAUAGUCAAGCUACUUUUAAUAGUAACUGUAAUUYUUUUCGUCUGCUUCAUACCGUUCGUCGUUGUUUCGGCCAUUGUGAACAAUGGCAACUCGAUAGCUUACAAACUGAGUUAUUUCCUGGUAUACUGUAGCUCAUGCUUAAAUCCUGUCGUCUACACACUUCAUAGCACGAAUUUUCGCGAAGCGUUCGGUGAAAUCUUGUCGAAAAUCAGCGAGAAAUUCAAGUGUUCCCACAUCACGAACUUUAGAAGCCGGUCUAAAAUGCGGUCCAGCUUGGAAUUACAAGCGACGUUCCAUCACAGUCAAUCUGGGGCCGAUAGCUCGGCACACCAACCGGCCAAGCUUUUGUCCGUUAAAAAGAUUGAGAUUUGAAUACAAAAACUAUAUCUGAUUAUGGGCAUACUCGUUAAAUGCGACUUUGUAACUUCAAUGUUAUCGAACCCUGGAACAACAUCUUAGCUGAUCUAAAUCAGGGUACGGCUACUCAGAUCGAACUCAAAAAACAACCUAUGGGUUGAUCAAAGUCAGGGCACGCCUAACUCACAGAUUGAAUCCUGAAACAACCUCUGGGCUGAUCAAAGCUAGUUAGGGCACGGCUAACUCACAAAUUGAACCCUGAAUCAACCUCUGGGCUGAUCAAAGCUAGUUAGGGCAUGGCUACUCACAAAUUGAACCCUGAAUCAACCUCUGGGCUGAUCAAAGUCAGAGAACGCCUACUAACUUAUGAAUAAAGUGGUUGAGGUUUUGAGGUGAAAAGAAAACCGAAGAACCCGAAAAAAAUUAAAACCUCGCAUUAUCAGGAUAGACCUAACAAGUUCUACUYACAUGAGAUGCAAAUUUCUGGAAUCGAAUCCGUUCAGUAAAACCUCAGAGGUCCUUUCAUUUCGAACUGAUUAUGUGAACUAAGCGAAAGAAUAACCUUAGCUGGCUCAAGUAAAUAAUGUAAAAUUCAAAAAUAUCGAAAAUAAUAACAAAAWUUUCAUGAACAGCCUACAGAAACUAAGUUUAAUAAAUAGGUUAUUAAAGCAUUUGGUAAAAAGAAGUGUUAUUCAGAGGAAGGAUAAAUAGAACUGGUUGAAUUUAAGGGUAUAUAUGCUGAAUAAUCGACUGCUAAAGGCUGUAAACCUUAUCUCAAAAAAAAAAAAAAAAAAAAAAAAAAAAAAAAAAAAAAAAAAAUAAGAAAAAUUGAAAGCUAUCAUUAUGCCACAAUCGUUUGCUAAAAACUAUCAAUAAAUAUCCAAAAAUUAUCCAGUUGAGAGUCGAGCCAAAAAAAUUGACAUACUUAUUUAACAUGAAAGCCGAAACUUAACAUUAUGUCAAAAGAGAGUGUUAAACAUGUUUGGGUUUUUCUAUUUUUGUCACUAUCAGACAGAAUGAUUAGAGAUACUUGUAGGAGUUUAUUUUAUCGAGGACAGGCUGUGUAAACAAGAUGGAGAGCUCAGUUGUUUCUCUUUUGAAUGUUUUAGUCAGUUCAAGUUUUAAAGGAUUUUUUGAAGGACGUCUGAAUAAAGAACUGCAGCCGCUGGUUUUUAAA